GCGCAUGGAGCCGGCGCGGCCUUGGGGCGGGGCUUCAAGCGGAGAGGGAGGGAAAAGAAAAGAAUCCGACUGGGAGUGGAGCUGGCUUCUACGGUGGCCGGAGAGGGACGCGCCGGGCCGGAGGCUGCAGGAUGAUGCGAUUCAUGCUACUGUUCAGCCGGCAGGGAAAACUUCGGCUACAAAAAUGGUACCUGGCCACCUCAGACAAGGAGAGGAAGAAAAUGGUCCGGGAGCUCAUGCAGGUCGUUCUGGCUCGAAAGCCCAAAAUGUGCAGCUUCCUGGAGUGGAGGGACCUCAAAGUUGUCUAUAAGAGAUACGCCAGUCUCUAUUUCUGCUGCGCCAUUGAAGGCCAAGACAAUGAGCUGAUUACACUGGAGCUGAUCCACCGAUAUGUAGAGCUCUUGGACAAGUACUUCGGCAGCGUAUGUGAGUUGGACAUCAUCUUCAACUUUGAGAAAGCCUACUUUAUCCUGGAUGAGUUUCUGAUGGGUGGGGACGUCCAGGACACCUCCAAGAAGAGUGUGCUCAAGGCCAUCGAGCAGGCUGACCUGCUGCAGGAGGAGGAUGAGUCGCCUCGCAGUGUCCUGGAGGAGAUGGGCCUGGCAUAGCCCCGUCAGCCAGCGGGGGGCCCUGUGGACCCAGGAAAGCCAAGACAAGAGACAGUACUUGGGGGCUGUUUCUCUCACCUCUUCCCCAGACCCCUUCUCUUGGAGGGACUCGGCUGCUUUUCCUCGGCCACCUUACCUACUUUAGAAGGAGCUGUGGCUCCAGCCCUUCAUACAAACAUUCCCUCCCUCCGAAUCUUCCUUUCCUCCACCUCUCCCUUUCCCAGUGAAGGCUUUAGGAGCUAGAAGGGAGGAAAAUGUGACCUGAAUAGGGGUGCUCAGUGGCUUCCAUUUUCCUUCCUUUGAAGAAGCAAUGUUAACCCCAGCCAUCCCUCGUCCUCCCCGUGUCCUGUAUGGCUGUAAAUAUAUAAAUACGUCAGGUUAAAGGGAAAAGGUUUCCAGGGCUCUUUUCUCCCCUCUGCCCCAAAACCUACCUCCAUCCCUCCCCAUAAUCAGCCGGGGCAGCUUCUCUGCCUGGGAGGGGCUCUCUCCUCUCCAGCCCCCACUUCCUCCUGGGCUCCCGUGUUCAGCCAGAGCCAGGGAAAGAGCCCCAGAGUUAAUGUUUUUCUAACCUUGCUACUUGGAGAAAAGGGAAGGUUGGGGGAAGGGCCCGCUUUCUGGGACACUGGCCCUGUGGCCCUUCCUCCACUCUACGUUGUGGGUGUGGCAGGAACCUAGCGGGUGGUGUGGGCCAAGUGGCUGCCUUUAUUUCCUUUCUCCUGAAAUAAAAGGAAAAAGUGUUUCUGGA